GCUCCAGCAGCUUUACACAAUAUGAUGUGCUCACUAGUGCCCUCUGGACAGUCUUCUGGUACCUCUCUCAUACCUAAAGACAGUGCCCCAUUUUCCUGGGGUUCCUUGGAUGAGGAUGAAUUGGAUGACUCCUUGCUGGAGCUGUCUGAUGGAGAAGAAGAUGAUGGCCAUUACAGUUACACGGAGGAAGAGAUUGAGGAGCUCUUGAAGAUUGAUGAGCCAUCAGAUGACCAUUCUUCUUGGGAAAGAGGGUUGUGUAAAGAUGACAGUGGGCUUGUUGAAAAGGGAGAAAGAGGGAGUCAAAUUCUACUUGAUACUCCCCAAGAGAAAAAUUCAUUAUGCAGCUUGGGACCAGUAGCUGAGACCCCUGGCUUCUUUAAACUACCUCAACUAAGUACUUCAGUUGGUCAUGGACCAACUCCCACUAAACCAUUAAACAGACGCUCUGCACUAGAAAAGAAUUUUAUAAAAGUAACGGUUGCACCAUUUAAUCCAAUAGUCUGUGAUGCUGUGCUUGAUAAGGACAAAACUGAUUCAUCCAAAGAUACUGAAAAAUCCUCCUUCCUUGGGGAAGAGUUGAGAGAAGAUGGUCUUAGCCUGAAUGAGAGCAAACUUUGCACUGAAUCUGAAGGGAUCAGCCCCAAUAACUCUGCUUGGGAUAGGCUCCCAUUCUCUUCUCCUUCAAACAAUAACUUUCAGCAAACUGUCUCUGAUAAAGUUAUGCCUGACAGCCAGAAAUCUACACCUACAUUUUCUCAGAUCUCAGACCAUUCAGAAACUCCUUCUAAUAUGGGGUCAUCCUGGAGAAAUGGUGGAUCACAUAAAUCAAGUUGUGAAAUGAAGUUUCCUGUUGUUUCCAGUUCAUCAAACAAACAGGAUGUUCUUGACAAGGAUUCUGGGAAGAUGAAAGGCCAUGAGAGAAGACUAGGCAAAGUCUUUCCUGUUCAACAGACCAAAACCAGGACUAAUGUUCCGACGUUUUCACAAUCAAAUCUAGAACAGCAGAAGCAAAUUUAUCUCAGGAGUGUCAUUGCUCAUAUAGAAGACCCAGUGGAUUCUAACCAAGGUCCCUGGAAGGAGCUAUAUGCCCUGAUGGAAGUUCAUCAUAUGCAGAACUCAAAAUGGCAGCAUCCUUCGGACCUCACCAUGAGAAACUACGCCCGCCGACAGAAAACUCUGCAAAGAUACAGUCUGACUCAGUGGGUUGACAGGAACAUGCGAAGCCACCAUCGAUUCCAGCGUCUCCCGGAUUUCUCAUACAAUCCAUUUGUCUCAUCCCAUCAGCAAUGAAGGUCCCUAUCCAGGGUCCUGUUCAGAGCUGCAUCUCAUUUUCCUCUGCUGUUUUGUGCUUCGUAGAGUUUGAAUUUCAUUUUUUACAAGGUUUUUAUUUAAAGAAAUUGUUACUUUUUGGA